CUCGGCCCGACUGGCGGGGCGCGCGACAGUCGCCCGCGUGACGCGCAUUCGAACGCACGCGUGCGUCAGAACGCAACACAUCCAAAAACGCAAUACUCAACACAAUACGAAGCUUUAAACAUUUAAAAUAAAAAAAUAAAAAAGUUUAAAUUCGAAUGAGAUUCUGAAUUCGAAUUGUGAAUUCGGAACGCGGUCGGCGCUCACAGAUCAUUUGUUGUUGUUGUAAAGAGAAGUGACAAGGCGUUAAAAGUGGCGGCGACGUUGGGAGCUCGUGUGGAAUGCGCAGGAUUGGACACGUUUAGCGCGCGCGCACGCCCCGAAACAGCCGUGCCGCCCUCGGAACACCCGGCCAUGGCGACCGAGACAGUACUGUGUCCAGGGGGCGCCGCGGCCGGCGGCGAGCAGCAGUACUCGCUGCGCUGGAACGACUUCCAUUCCGCCAUGGUGUCUUCUUUCCGCCGGCUGAGGGAUGAGGAGGACUUCGUAGACGUCACCCUUGCGUGCGCAGGCGCCACAUUCACGGCACAUAAGGUGGUGUUGUCAGCGUGCAGCCCUUACUUCCGGCGGCUACUUAAGGCGAACCCGUGCCAGCAUCCCAUCGUCAUCCUGCGGGAUGUGCACGACAAAGAUAUGGAGAGCCUUCUCAGAUUCAUGUAUCAAGGCGAAGUUCACAUCGGCCAGGAGCAACUCAAAGAGUUCCUGCGAGCAGCACAACUGCUGCAAGUUAGGGGGCUGACAGAUGUACCGGCACCGGCGCCUGUCUCCUCCCUCGAACCUAAAGCUUCUCCAUCGUCGUCGUCGUGGACGGAGACAGGCAGCGGCGCGUCGCGGGAGGGGCGCGACUCGCAGCAGCGCGAGGGUCGACGGCUGCGGCGGCCUGACGAUAGCGCCAACACUACGCCACCGCCCAAACGAGCACGCUCGAGCGACCUCUACCAGGCGCAGAUGAAGACGAGGACGGAGCAGUUGCUGGCAGCGCAGGGCGCGAGCCCCGAGACGCUCGGCACCAACGGACACGAGCUCGCGCUCUUCAGCCAGGCGCUCGACAACGCGCAGAACCCGCAUCUCUCAGGGUCCAACAACUUGUCUGGCGACGGCGAGGAGUCCUCAUCAGAC